CGCAUACAGCGUGACGUCACCGUUAACAAUCCAAAGGGCCCUUUCUCUUCCUCAUAGUGUGAGGAAAAAGGUACAUUUCCUCGAAAUUGUCCCAUAUUAGCAAGCUAGUUUUUUUUAAAGAGAAAGAUAGUUAUGAUAUUAUUUUUGUAAACUUGUAGCUUGCGUUACUGUAUGACUGUUAUUUUUCUCGCUGCAAAGAUAGUUAGCUAAGCUAACGCUAGCUGGCAGCCAGCUUGCUAGCUAACAGGAGAUACUACCUAGCGUAGACAAGUGUGUUGGUGUUUGCACAGCAAUAAUCUAUACCAAUUUUAUACUAAAUCCCACUCAAUGCAGAAAUCGUUACUAAAUUUGCUUCACUAACUAGCUGUGUCUGUUGGUUAGCUAGCUAUAUAACUAGCUAGCCUAGAUGUCUAUUUUGAUUAAGUACAGUACUAGCUAGCUAACGUUACUCGCCAACUACUCUGUAUCUCAGACGUCCACCGUUUGUUUUUUUCAUCAUGGCGAGUUAGCUAGCUAAAUACGGAUUGAGUUAUGUUAACGUGACAUAAAAAUACGUUGAUAAAUGAUUUGAUGUGUUAAUGGCUGAUUAGCUAUGUAUUUGUUGCCCUCUGUUCUCGCUAGCUAGCUAUAUUUCCUUGGGUUUUCUAUUUUUAGAGCCACCAAAAAUGACAACAGCGGCGAGACCGACGUUUGAGCCAGCGAGAGGAGGGAGAGGGAAGGGAGAGGGCGAUCUCAGUGCGUUGUCCAAACAGUACUCCAGCCGAGAUCUGCCUGGUCACACAAAGAUCAAAUACAGGUGAGUAACACAACCUAUCCUUGUUGUGGUGUGACAUCUUGGCAUCAGUCUUACCACAUAUGGCUUAGUGCUGCACUGCACCAGUAGUUGGGAACAGGUCCUUCUGGUUGAAGAUGAAGUGAUGUUUCACUCUGUGUCCCUGUCUCAUCCCCUCAGGCAGCCCACCCAGGAUGCCCCAGAGGAGGUGCGUGCCCGUGACUUCCGCAGAGAGCUGGAGGAGAGGGAGCGUGUUGCUGUCCGGGAGAAGACCAGAGAGAGGGGACCUAGAGGUGGGUAUCCAGGCAUACACAUAAACUCAGACCCGAGGUAAAGAUUGAACUGAACUUAAAAUAUUGUCUGCUGUGUGUAAAGAAGAUCAAGAUGAUUUUAGCAUCUGACGUACCAUUAUGCCCAAAGGUUAUUUUUUGUUGACAUGAGUCGUCUGCAGGGGAUUUCAUCUCAAGCCAGUAUCAUUAAAAUUAUGGUUUCUCUUUUUAAUUUUCAGAACACACCACAUCUUCAUCCUCGUCCUCAAAGAGGCCCAGACUAGAUCAAAUCCCUGCUGCCAACCUGGAUGCAGAUGACCCUCUCACUGACGUAGGUGCCAAAUGUUCAUCCACCUGUCACAUUAAAGUCUGUGCUUCUUUUUUUUUUUUUGAAAGCUCAGCCUCUAACCUUCAUUGUUUUAUGUUUUUGGGUAUAGGAUGAUGAGGAAGAUGAUGACUCUGAGGACAGUGAUGACGAUGACACUGCCGCUCUGCUGGCUGAACUGGAGAAGAUCAAGAAGGAGCGGGCUGAGGAGCAGGAACGCAAGGUAAGGCCGCCAACGCAGUGACACGAGUCGCUACAAGAUGAUCAAUAGCUGCAAGGUCACAGUCGUGCCAGUUAAGUCCAGCCAAAUGCAAAUGGAUUUCUCAGGUAUUGCUGAGUAGUAGAAGAGAAUAGGGCUCCAUUGACCUGCUAAAUGAAUGGGUUGUUUUGUUUGAUACACUACAUGGCCAAAAGUAUGUGGACACCUGCUAGUCGAACAUCUCAUUCCAAAAUCAUGGGCAUUAAUAUGGAGUUGGUCCCCCCUUUGCUGCUAUAACAGCCUCCACUCUUCUGGGAAGGCUUUCCACUAUAUGUUGGAACAUUGCUGCGGGGACUUGCUUCCAUUCAGCCACGAGCAUUAGCGAGGUUGGGCACUGCUGUUGAGGGAUUAGGCCUGGCUCGCAGUCGGCAUUCCAAUUCCUUUCCAAAGGUGUUCGAUGGGGUUGAAGUCAGGGCUCUGUGCAGGUCAGUCAAGUUCUUCCACAACGAUCUCGACAAACCAUUUCUGUAUGGACCUCGUUUUGUGCACGGGGGCAAUGUCAUGCUGAAACAGGAAAGGGCCUUCCCCAAACUGUUGCUACAAUGUUGGAAGCACAGAAUCGUCUAGAAUGUCAUUGUAUGCUGUAGCGUUAAGAUUUCCCUUCACUGGAACUAAGGGGCCUAGCCCAAACCAUGAAAAACUGCCCCAGACCAUUAUUCCUCCUCCACCAAACUUUACAGUUGGCACUAUGCAUUCGGGCAAGUAGCAUUCUCCUGGCAUCCGCCAAACCCAGAUUCUUCUGUCGGAGUGCCAGAUGGUGAAGCGUGAUUCAUCACUCCAGAGAAUGCAUUUCCACUGCUCCAGAGUCCAAUGGCGGCGAGCUUUACACCACUCAGGCCAACACUUGGCAUUGCGCAUGGUGAACUUAGGCUUGUGUGCGGCUGCUCGGCCAUGGAAACCCAUUUCAUGAAGCUCCCGACGAACAGUUAUUGUGCUGACGUUGCUUCCAGAGGCAGUUUGGAACUCGGUAGUCAGUGUUGCAACCGAGGACAGACGAUUUUUAUGUGCUACGUGCUUCAGCACUCUGCGGUCCUGUUCUGUGAGCUUGUGUGGCCUACCACUUCGCGGCUGAGCCGUUGUUGCGCCUAGACGUUUCCACUUCACAAUAACAGCACUUUCAGGUUGACCUGGCAGCUCUAGCAGGGCAGAAAUUGGACUAACUGACUUGUUGGAAAGGUGGCAUCCUAAGACGGUGCCACGUUGAAAGUCACUGAGCUCUUCUGUAAGGCCAUUCUACUGCCAAUGUUUGUGUAUGGAGAUUGCAUGGCGGUGUGCUCGAUUUUAUACACCUGUCAGCAACGGGUGUGGCUGAAAUAGCCGAAUCCACUAAUUUGAAGGGGUGUCCAUAUACUUUUGUCUAUGUAGUGUAUAAUCCCUGUCAGACAUUUUCUGAUAUAUAUUUUUUAUUUCACCUUUAUUUAACCAGGUAAGCCAGUUGAGAACAAGUUCUCAUUUACAACUGCGACCUGGCCAAGAUAAAGCAAAGCAGUGCGAUUAAAAAAAACAACAACACAGAGUUACAUAUGGGGUAAACAAAACAUAAAGUCAAAAAUACAAACAGAACAUAUAUAUACAGUGUGUGUGAAUGUAGUAAAUUAUGGAGGUAAGGCAAUAAAUAGGCCAUAGUGCAAAAUAGUUACAAUUUCGUAUUUCAAUAUAUACAUAUUGAUUCUUGAAGAAUAUCACUUAUAAAUGCCUCAUGAGCUUAGUUCAACUGUCAAACCCCAUCAGAACCCAAAAUAUAAGAUUGUUUUACUCCAAUGUUUGUAAACAUUGUAAAUGCCUCAAAACAUGCUUGAAACUAAUGUUGAUAUAUUGGAUGGUCAGUACUUGCAUCUAUAGCUCUGUUACAUUUCUCCAGGCUCAUCCCUCAGCUUUUUACAAAAAAAAAUAGGCGGGUAUUGUUUCAACUAAGGACUGGCCCUUUAAACAUGUCUACCAUUUUUGUUGAUUUUUGAGAUGCUUGCAAGCAACUAUCUGAGCCUUUUAUCAAGGCCAAUCAGAAAGCGUUGCUAAGAGCAAUACUUUAGCCAAUGAGAGAUUUGCCCCUGGUCCUCUUUGACCACCAUGUUUCGUGUUCUGUGCCAGGAGCGGGAGCAGAAAGCUGAGGAGGAGAGGAUCCGCAUGGAGAACAUCUUGAGUGGGAAUCCUCUGCUCAACCUGGCUGGGCAGCAGCAGCAGCAGCAACAGAUAGUCCCCACCCCGACUGCCUUCAGCGUCAAGAGGAGGUAAACACACACACACACACACACAACUGCCUGGGACAUGGCUGUGGAUGGCUGUUGUGUUACAUCCUCUCCUGUCUCUUUCUCUCUAAGGUGGGACGAUGACGUAGUGUUCAAGAACUGUGCAAAGGGAGUGGAUGAGGCACGCAGGGAGAAACGCUUUGUCAACGACACUCUGCGCUCCGAGUUCCACAAGAAAUUCAUGGAGAAAUAUGUGAAGUAGGACUUACAGCUCUGCUUUGAAGGUGUUUCAUUUCACUCGGCUCUGCUCUGUUCCAGUUCAUCACUGACUGGUAGGGAUUGGUCUGUAAACAUUGAAUGAACCUGAAGAAUGGAGUGACUUUACAUGGAACAUUUUGGCCCCCCACGCACCGAAUCCUCUGUAUAUAAAUGAAUCUAAUGCUUGACCUGAAAACAGAUGAACUAGUUUUGUUUAGUGUAAAAGCAUUUUCUACCAUUGAAAGGAAUGGUUGCAAUUGCGACACCAUCAUCAAUGUCAACUUUUUGUUAUUUUUCUUUUACGUAACCUUUUUUUAAGUGAUGUUAAUGUCAAUAAACAAAGCAAUAAAUAAAACCUUUGUCUGUGAGAGGGCUUUUAUGGUUUUGUCAUUGCUUUUAGCUUUGUGCCCAGGAGUUAUAAUUCUCCAAUGGC